CACCAAGCCCGGACCCAAAAUGAUUGCUCCCCGUCUUCCACCAAUUAAAGGGGGCGAUUUUAGCUGACAGCCCGCAGCUUCGCCCCGCGGCGAGGAUUGUUUAGGCACGUGCUAUUGGAGAAUUUUUAUACUACGGCAUUAAUGCUUACACCUAUCGUCCACGAGAACGUCAUGGAAGGUAGGCAAUGUGCAACAAGCAAAAUAUUAUUAGCAUUAUAAAUAUGGACUAACGGUAGAGCCUUCUUUACUUGCAAGCAUAAAAUAUACUAUCUAUUACACGAUUAAAUUAUUCCAAAAAGAAAUAUAAAAUAACUCUGGAGUUCCGGAGUAUCACGCACAGCCUCGCAAUGCCACAUUUCUACGACUAUUAUCAUGAGAACCCCAACCAGGCCCGCGACCUGGCUAAUCGUUUCUCGCGGGAAACACGCCACAGCGAGUAUCCGACCCAAUACAUAGUAAACGAAGGGAAGAUGACCAUCCACGAAAGAUCACUACAGCAGAGCAAUGCGAUAAUAUACAAUGCACCGGGCUCGACGUUACGAUUCAUCCCGUCGAAAUCAGCUUCAAGUGCGAAAGCUAAGCACGGCCCACAUCAUGCACCCGAGUCAUACCGGAGAACGACAGCACCCCCAAUGUAUAUGUGCCACGGCUGUCGGCGACGGCAGAUAUACUUUGGGGAUUACUGUCACGACUGCACAGCGAUGCGGUCAACUACUGUCCCUAAGAGAAGGGAUACUUACCGAGAGAAAGAACGCCGUCAAGAUCUUCAUUUGACUUGGGCUCCCGACAGCAAGUUGAUUGAGUGGCAUUAGGGACAACAUAUAAUGUUAUGCAUACUUGAGUUAAAACCAAGGAACGUUAAGGAUUACGGAAGAAAGUGGGUGAUGCGGCAGCACUGUUUCUACUCUGGUUCAUUUCACUUCUUCUUUAUUAUCUAUUAUCGAUAAUAGAUGCCUUUUUGUUCAGCAGUGGCUUGGUUAUGAUUAGCAUAUGAUAAUGUCUUAGUAUGUAGCGUUUUGCAUUAGAAUUAACUAUAUUGAC